AUGAGCUCUCCCGCCGCCAAGAAGGCGCGCCGCGAGAGCGGCGUCGGCGCCACCGGCCCCGACACCGUCGUCGUCCUCGACUACGGCAGCCAGUACACGCAGCUCAUCACCCGGCGCGUGCGCGAGCUCGGGGUGUACUCGGUCCUCCUGCCCGGCGACGCCGACAUGGCUCGCAUCACGUCGCAUAACCCGUCGGUGAUCAUCCUCUCCGGCGGGCCCAACUCCGUCCACGUCGAGGGCGCGCCCUCCGUCCCGGACACAUUCUUCGAUCACUGCCAGGCCAAGGGCAUCCCCGUGCUCGGCAUCUGCUACGGCAUGCAGCUCAUCGUCCAGCUCAUGGGCGGCGAGGUCAAGCCCGCGGACAAGGCCGAGUACGGUCGCAUGCCCGUGCACAUCGUCCAGGAAUCCGCGCUCUACGGCGAGGAGAUGGACCCGACCCAGAUGGUCUGGAUGUCCCACGGCGACGAAGCCGUUAAGCUUCCGGAGGGAUUUAAGUGCGUGGGCAAGUCCGACGCGGGCGCCGUGGUGGCCAUCGAGAACGCCGAGCGCAAGAUCUUCGGCCUUCAGUACCACCCCGAGGUGACGCACUCCGAGCGCGGGUUCGAGACGAUCCGCCACUUCCUCUUUCACAUCGCCAAGGUUGAAGCCGGUUGGACGAUGCAAAACGUCCUCGACGAGCAGAUCGCCAUCGUCAACCAGAAGGUGGGACCGGAUGACCACGUCAUCUGCGCGCUAUCCGGAGGCGUGGACUCCGCGGUGGCCGCGACGUUGGUGCACAAGGCCAUCGGCGACAGGCUGCACUGCUGCUUCGUGGAUAACGGCCUGCUGCGGUACAAGGAGGGUGAACGCGUGAUGAAGAUGUUCAAGGACCACCUGCACCUCCCGGUGACCAAGAUCGACGACUCGGCCAGGCUCCUCGCCAAGCUCAAGGGCGUGGCGGACCCGGAGAAGAAGCGCAAGACGAUCGGCGCGCAGUUCAUCGAGGUCUUCAAGGAGUACAAGGACGACGUGGAGAAGAAGACUGGCGUGAGGCCCAAGUUUUUGGUGCAGGGUACCUUGUACCCAGACGUGAUCGAAUCGUGCCCCCCGCCGGGCUCGGACCAGAAACACUCGCACACCAUCAAGUCGCAUCACAACGUCGGGGGCUUGCCCAAGGAGCUCGGGUUCGAGCUCGUCGAGCCCCUGCGCAUGCUCUUCAAGGACGAGGUGCGCAAGCUCGGAUUGCUCAUGGACGUGCCGCAGGCUUUCAUCUCGCGACACCCGUUCCCGGGCCCCGGCCUCGCGGUGAGGGUCCUGGGCGACGUCUGCGCCGACGGCGCCCUCGACACCAUCCGCGCCGUGGACGAGAUCUACAUCAACGCCAUCAAGGACGCGGGCCUGUACGAUAAGAUCUGGCAGGCGUUCGCGGUGUUUUUGCCCAUCAAAUCCGUGGGCGUGCAGGGAGACCAACGAACGCACUCGCACGUCGUGGGCCUUCGAGCCAUCACCUCCUCCGACGGCAUGACCGCGGAUUGGUACCAGUUCGAGCCGAAGUUUCUGCAGGAGGUGAGCGCGAAGAUCUGCAACGAGGUGAAGAACGUGAACCGGGUGGUGUACGACAUCACGUCCAAGCCGCCGUCCACGGUGGAGUGGGAGUAAAGGGUCAAAGGUUUGACGGUUUUUUUUCGCGGGCGGGAGCGUUUAUCGUGUGUCGCGGGUGGCGGGGCGUCAUCGAAGCGCAGAGAUAUCUAGGUAGCAUUCGUCGAUCUUUGUCGUGAAACGUUAUGAUUCCAUUC